AUGCAGUGCGGCUCUGGUGUAAAAGAUUCUAUAUUAUUAUCUAGUAGACGAGUACCUUCAGGUGGCAACCAUUGCGGUCGCAAUGGCGGUCUUUUCUCUUCUUCCUCGUCUUCUGCUGAGAAUUCUGAUGCCUCCGAUGAAGAUAAUGAAAAGUAUCAGAGAUUGGAUGCAAUACCUCCAUUAUUAGGGGCUAUGGUACGCAGCCGUUCAGCUAGUUCGCACCCAAAUGUGCUUCCGGCGGCCGAUUAUAAACGUCGCACCAUGUUUUCGACGUCUCUAACGACGCUAAGUUCUUCAAAUGGUAUGGGGGAUAAUGGAGGACAUAUGAUUGAGAGAAAGGGUCUUUUUGAGAAAGACGAUGAUACAGGGGACUCGUUGGAAACGCUCCAGGAACGGGUGAAGCUUCGCCAAAGCAAGAAACAGUCAGAGAUGAAGGCGCUGCGAGCGCAACUGGAGACGGCACAGCAGCGUGCAAACGAUCUUGAGAUUCGACUUAGUGAAGCCAAUAAGUUGAAGGAGGAGCUAUUGAUUCGCACGAAAGAGUGCCAACAUGUUAUUGAAAAACGCAACAAGCAGCUGAUAAAGGCGAGUGAAAGGAUGGUGCGACAUUCUGAUCAGUAUGAGCUGCGAACGGCUGAGUUGCAGACGCGAUUAAAAACUGUAACUGUACAGUGUGAUCAGGUGCGCGCUGAGGCCGCUACGAUGAAAGAAGAUAACAUGAGAGAGUGGGAGAUGAAGGAGCAGGAGUUUCGAAAGGAGAUGGAAAUGUGGAGUAAAAAGCAUGAGAAGCUCUUACAUGCAGCGGAGUCACGAUUACGUGAACAACAAGCUGAAAAUACCGUACUGGCGAAGAAACUGCGUGAAGUGGAGCAACAGCUUGCGACUGCUGGCAAACAAAAGCCAACUGCCGUGCAAGUGAUGGCAAGCGAAGAGUACCAGAGGUUGGUAAAGCGAUGCGAGGACACAGAGGCAGUCAGCCGAGGACUUAGAUUUCAGCUGGAAAAAGAGCAGCAGGAGAAAGCAUGCCUUUUCCAGCAGCUGGCAGCUCUUCAGGAAACGUUAGGUGCUAAAACUGCGGCGUCGACUGUUACUUUUCUAAAUGCAUCAUCACCGGAGCCGAUUGACGAUACCGAUAGCUGUAGGGACACCACCACGACUGUGGUUGCUGAGGCAGAUGUUGCAAGUUUUGACAUUACGGCAGGAAAAAGCUUGAAUGCGUCCAGUCCUGGCGGAACAGAAGUGGUAUUUCCGGUUGUAGUUGGUUCUCCCACUUCUGUGGCAUCAAGCCCUAGUCGGAGGCGUGUACGUGGAUUUUCUGCAUCAAGUGUUACUGAUGAUGCUUGUAAGCCAUUGCUAAGGGAAGGGAAACGCCGGACUGUUUCUGCACAAAUGAUUGAAAUAGUUCAAGAUCCCCCUGAUAAGUCAACAGAAGACAAAGGGGGCAACGGCAAGUCCAUUGCUGCAUCAGCGACUUUUUUCGAGAAGCUUUCGUCUCGAUUCAAGCGAGGGUCGUCUUUAGGAAACAACAGCCUGAACAUUUACAAAGCUGAAGAUGAUGGUACAGAUGACACAAAAGUGGCCGAUGAAAUUGGAUUUGCGUCGUCUCUUCCUUUGCGCCAAGGAUUUGUCCAUAGCAAGGUGUUAAAGGAUCGCCCUCGAAUGUACGUGGCAAGGUCCCCAUCUCACCACGAGGACGAGUCAAGCGAUAGCAUUUUUGGCAGUGAGUCAUCUUUGAGUGACAUAUCAGACGAUGACACGCCACCGCCUCCUCCACCAAUCUUCGUGCAUGAAUCUCCUCCAUCUUUUCCCCCUCCAGUUCAUAUGGAGUCUUCGUCGCAACUAUUAUUUUUGGACCAAAGCGCCGAUGCAGACUUAAGUAGCUCAAGUAGCGAUGAAUUUGGACGGUAUGAGCGGCGCAAGGCAGUUGAGUCACCGAUUCGGUUGUCCAAAACUGCACCUACGUUGGAAACACGUGGGCACACAGGGAGCCUGAGCGCAUCGCAGACGCCAGGUGGAACAUCAUUGCCAUCAUCGUCAUCUUCGUCCUCUUCAGACGACGAUUUUGACGAGCCAGAUAUUGAAAGAAGUCAACCUCUUCACGUGGAUGUCAAGAAAGUCGAAUGCUUGUCGGAAUCGUUGUUAUCAAUGUCCUCUAGCUCGAGCGAUGAGGCUAGUGGUGUGUGUCGUGCAAGCAAAAUGAAGGCCCAGGGAAAGAUUCAGAAAGACAGUCGCUCUGACCAGGACAAUCACGGAAAGCGUUCAUUACGUUCGUCUACUUUUUUAAAGUCUCGAGAGAAUGGUAGGAGCUUAAGUGGUGAUAUACACAAGACGAGCAAAAGUCGUAUGAACGAGUAUAUGGAGGCCCGUGCAAAAAAGCGAAACGAAAAGGUCAAACGUACCCAACAAAAGGAGCACGAAGAGACUAUAAAGCAGGAGGAGUACGAAAAGGAAUGGGAAAAGAUGGCACAAGAGGAACGUGAGCGGAAGCGCAGGCAACAGCAAGCGCGACGCAACGGAAAGCGGCGGCCUGCAAGCAUGAAAACAGUACGAGUAUCGCAGAUGCGUCAGCAGAUGAAUAACAAACUGCAUCAAAAGGAUCAGAAGGAAGCAUCGGUGCCCUUGCCAUUUCAUCCAAACGACCAACCACGGCCUCACGUUGAUGAUGGCGUGGAUGUUGACGGUCGUCAUUGUCGCCGAAAAAGCGAGAGCAAGACAUCAGAAAGCGAAGCAGAGGAAGAGCAUUCACCCGUCUUGCAUUCGUCAUCUGCUGCGUCGCCACCAUUACCUCCCGAGCCGACCACGGCUGACACCGAGCUGUAUCUUCGCCAGCAAGCACGGCUGCGUGAACGCCACGAAUUGCAGAUGAAGCAAAAGGUCGAGGCUGACGAGGCUGAUGCUGUCCGUGGAGAUAUCCAUCGGCGAGUAGAGAUGUGGGCGUUUGGCAAGACACUUUUGCACAUGAUUCUUACUUUGGAUCAAAUUUCCUCGAACGAUGCGCUCAAAAAAUGUCAAUUGAUGGUCGUGCAAUCUCCUGAUGAUGAUACCUUACGCAAGGCUUAUCGGAACAUCAUUAGAGUCGUUCAUCCUGAUAAACUGCGUGGCGCUACCAUUCCUGAGCAACUGGAGGCCAAGGAGCUUUUUACUGUGCUUAACAAAGCCUUUGAAAAGUUUAAGCAUCCGUGA